AUGCUAGCUACAGCUCAAGCAACGCUCGGUCGAAAUUUGUUAACUAUUCGUCGUGUCACAUCUAGCAAUCGGCUUAUUUCGGGUCUUGGUACCAAUGGUGAUCAGACUCCCCGAAUUAAUUCUUAUGAUGGUUGCUCAUGUUUCAGUCUGGAUGGUUGUCCGAAAUUAUCCGGCCUUUUCGAGUUUCCUGUGUGGGAUACGGGGGGUAAGUAUAACAGCCUGAGUCCAAACAAAACUGUUCCAGGUUUACUAUUUGAUUGUUACCCACUCGAUGCCACUCUUGGUUCAACUCUCGAAUGCUAUUAUCAGUCAUCCUGUUUGGCUCUGAUACAUGCGAUCUUCAACACUACACCUUUGUCUUCAACAUCAUCCACUCAGUUUUCAAGCAACACAACAAUUCAGGCAUUGUUCGAUGAACUAUUCAUUGAAGAAGUAGAAGAUCAAGUUUCAUUUGCUCAGUACUACUUACAAUGCAAUCCAUCAUCGUGCACCUACAUCAGAUCACGUCGAUUUGAUCUUCUUUUCAUGUUAAGUACAGUUAUCACUGUAUUUGGAGGAUUGGCUGCAAUACUGAAACUGAUUGCUCCAUUGAUCAUAAAAGUGAUUUUUGCCUUGCGCCAGCGAUGUCAACGGGGUGUAGAACAAACUGUUCAUGCUGAUAUAAACUACGGUAAGUUAUCAUCUGUUACUUCAUAG